AAACCCACAAUAGCCCACAGGAACUCAAUCAUGUACAGAAGCAGGAAGGCAACGAAUGUGAUCCCAAGGGAAUACUCGAAGAAGGCCACUUGAGACAUUGUGCGCGUCUAUGUGGUGAGCGCCUCGCAGCCGUUCAUAAUCGAGGGAACUUAGGGCCGGGGUCUACUCAGCGACUGGCACGCUGACGGCCCUCCUGGUGGCCUUGCGUACAGCACCAUAGUACAGCCGUCCCAGCCAUCCGAGCGAACGUCAUAACAUUCUUCUUCUUUCUUUACAUUAUUGUGUCAGGUUUCGCAGCACUUACACGGGUGGUGCGUCCACCAUUGAGAAAAAAAAAAAAAAGGCUGCAAAUUUGGUGGUGGUGGUGGUGCUGAUGAAAGGGCUCGCCGUUGUCGGCCUCACAGAGGGUGGGGCAACGUCACGACUGACGCCCUGGGGGAAUGUGCGUCCUGGGCCGACUUCUAAGGGAACUGUGCCGACAUAUGUCUGAAAGCGUCCGAGGAAAACCCAGGAAAAAAACCCAGACAGCACAGCCGGCACCGGGAUUCGAACCCGGGUACCUCCCAGUCUCGACGCUGGAAACUUUAUUGGAAUACACGGAGAUAUGCAUCAACCAACGGCUAAGAAGCGUGACUGCGGAUUCCUACCGAAUAAGUAUCUUCUUUCUCUUUUUUUCCGUGUCAGCGCAGCGAAGCAACUGUGGUUAUGAGCGGCAUACAGAUGUGGACAGAUGAAGAGAGGACAGAAGACUUCGGAAAACCCAUGAUGUCUCCCUUCAUAGAAGCCAGAGAAGCCGCAGAUGGAUAUGAGCUGAACGGACCUGUAGCAGAGAUGCUGUCUCUUAUUCUCAGCAGCAUGCACCUCCGGCCGAUCCUCAAACAGCCUCCUGAUGGACAAUGGGGUUACAAGGUGAACGGAAGCUUUACGGGCGCCAUAGGGAUGCUGCAACGGAAAGAAAUUGACUUGUUCAUCGGGCCGGCGGGAAUCAUCGCUGAGCGCCUUGAAGCUGCCAACUGCUUCCCCUACCUGAACGGAUAUUCCACCAUCUUAACACCGCACCCACGCAAACUCAUAGACCCUUUCAGCUUCGUAAAGGCAUUCGCGCCAGAGGUUUGGCUCACAAUUGGCAUCUCAUGGUCCAUUGUAUCUUUGAUUUCUAUGUUUGGGGAGAAAGUUUUCUCCAGGACAACAAAGCAGCAGCACGCAAGACAAGGCUAUUUCCAACAUCUUUGGAAAUAUCUACAAUACAUGCUUCCCCAAGGUUGCAACAGACAGACAGAUGGCGAGUUUGGACGUAUUCUGCUGGGCUUCUGGUUCCUGGCCAUGAUGGUUCUUAUGUCUAGCCUAGGAGGGGAGCUCAAGACGAGCAUGCUGCUCAAGAAGAUAGAAGAUCAUAUUGACUCCGUUGAUGACCUCCUCAGGUUUCCGAAGGUAGCCAUCGUGGCUGAAAGUGGCAGUGCACUGGAACGUUUCUUCAAGAGACCAGAACACCCAACGUUCCAGAAGCUUCUUCCCCGCUUGCAGCCAGUGCAGGGAUCUAUGACGUCUCCAAGGGUUGCCGCUUCUGUCCUGGACUUGGUUGAAGCUCGCUCGCACGUUUUCGUCGUUCCCUUGACGUACCUCAAAGGAAUCCUCAACUCUCGCUAUCAGGCACGGCACAGCUGUCGGUUUCACAUCAUGCGCAACCAUCUCUCGUUGACGUCGGUUGGCAUGUAUCAUCGCAAGGACCUUCCGGUCCACUUGCGGAAUGGCAUUGAGAAACGAGCUGGCUACAUGAUUGACACAUACCUUCUGGACCACAUGAUAGACACAAAGGUUAUCAACUACACCCGCUGCCUGCAGGAAGAGCCGGCUGUUGUCAGUGCUCUUAGUACUGAAGAUGUUCAUGGGGUCUUUUACAUGUAUUUAGUGGGCAUUUUAGCCUCCAUCAUUAGCUUCAUCGCUGAACUAGCAUCUGCCAGGCCUCGAGAGAACAACAUAUCGGCAGAAGCGUUCUGACAGUUGCGUGAAUAUUUUCGCGAGCGAUGCAGUAUUUUCGAAAAGUCCGUGACCUUUGUUGUUAAAGUUUGUUCAGAACGCGAAUAAACGUUA